AAGGAGAUUAACUUGUAUGUUGGUAUGACAUCUAUGCAACGAAAAUGGUAUCAAAGAAUUUUGGAAAAAGACAUUGCAGCUGUAAACGGUGCUGUGAGCAAAAGUGAAAGCAAAACUCGUUUGCUGAAUAUAGUUAUGCAAUUAAGGAAGUGUUGCAAUCAUCCUUAUCUUUUUGACGGUGCAGAGCCUGGUCCACCUUAUACUACUGAUGAACAUAUUGUAGACAAUGCAGGCGAGUUCUUUGCAGAACCAAUUAUAUUUAUUCGUGUUGAAUAA